UCUCUCUCUCUCUCUCUCCCUCUCUCUCUCCUAUUCCACAGGUUCUCUCCUGGACGGGGGCUGGUCCUGUUCCCUCAGAUAGGGGAUAAAAUGGACAUUGUGUGUCCCCGGGUGAAGCCAGGGGUGGUGGAGAACAAGGAGCCGGAGUACUACCGCGUGUACCUGGUGACCCGGGAACAACUCCACAGCUGCAGCAUCAGCCAAUCGGACACUCCGUUACUCAACUGUGACAAGCCGGACAGAGACGUGAAGUUCACCUUCAAGUUCCAGGAGUUCAGUCCUAAUCUCUGGGGCCUGGAGUUUUUCAAGGGAAGAGAAUACUAUAUCACCUCGACCUCCACCAGCUCUCUACAGGGCCUGGACAACACUGAUGGAGGAGUGUGUAGAGCCACAUCCAUGAAGCUGGUACUUAGAGUAGGACAGAGUUCCUCCAAACCCCUUCCUCUCCCUGAAGAGCCUCCCACCAGGUUCCCCCCUCAGCACCCCGAGGCCCCAGACAACGAGCUUCCCAUUAAAGACAAUGAUGUGACGAACAACGCUGAAAUCACUCACAGCGAAGGAGACAUUGACACAGAAGGCAGAGCCUCGUCAACAGAAGGUGGAUCCAUCGGCUCUGAGGUUGGACUCUUCGUUGGCGUGGCCUGUGGCAUCGUCCUCCUCCUAUUGGUCAUCGUGGUCCUACUGAUGGUGGUGUGGCGGUACCACAGGUGCCACGCCACGCCGGACAGGGACGUCCAACAGUCUCUUUCCCUCAACACCCUGGCCACGCCCAAGAGAGACAGCUACGGAGGGAGUAGCGAUGACAUCCGGUCAGAGCCCAGCCACAUGGUGUUUCCUCCGAGGCCCUCUGACUCCGUGUUCUGUAGGCACCAUGAGAGGGUCAGUGGAGACUACAGACAUCCUGUUUAUGUGGUACAGGAGAUGCCUCCACAGAGUCCUACUAAUAUAUACUACAAGGUCUGAGGGACCUGUGGGUCUUCUCACAGGGGCCAAGGACCAAUGGAAUGAAUGAAAAGUUGUUCAGUCCCUCAAUAAGGAAGAGACGUCUUCGCUGUGUGCUUUAUGAAGUCAGUGAGCCAAACGGUGUGCUUUAUGAAGUCAGUGGGCCAAGCUGUGUGCUUUAUGAAGUCAGUGAGCCAAGCGGUGUGCUUUAUGAAGUCAGUGGGCCAAGCUGUGUGCUUUAUGAAGUCAGUGGGCCAAGCGGUGUGCUUUAUGAAGUCAGUGGGCCAAGCGGUGUGCUUUAUGAAGUCAGUGGGCCAAGCGGUGUGCUUUAUGAAGUCAGUGGGCUAAGCGGUGUGCUUUAUGAAGUCAGUGGGCCAAGCUGUGUGCUUUAUGAAGUCAGUGGGCCAAGCUGUGUGCUUUAUGAAGUCAGUGGGCCAAGCGGUGUGCUUUAUGAAGUCAGUGGGCCAAGCUGUGUGCUUUAUGAAGUCAAUGGGCCAAGCGGUGUGCUUUAUGAAGUCAGUGGGCUAAGCGGUGUGCUUUAUGAAGUCAGUGGGCCAAGCUGUGUGCUUUAUGAAGUCAGUGGGCCAAGCGGUGGUUUCAGGCCUGGGACGAGAACAUGCCCGUCAGCUACCUUGAAACCCUUCACUGUGUGAGCUUUUUAUUUUAUUUUUAGAAAACACACUCUCUGAGCAAUCUAGACAUGAUCAAGGCCAGAGAAUCAAAUCAUUUGGGCCAUGUUUUAUUUCCUUGGAGAGAGAGAAUGGAUAAAGGCAGUAAAGACAGAGUGCAUUCUGGGAUUUUCACUAGGAAAGCUAACCCUGAGUUGGCAAUGACUUGCUGUUACAUGUACUGCUGCUAAACAAGGAACUGUCUUCUUUUUGAAUAGAAGAGAUCCAUGCUUUAGACGCGGAGCACAAUUUAGCAAAUGGAAACUUGAAAAUGUUUUUUCGCUUUGAGAGAUUUAGAAUAUAAUUUGUGUAAAACAUUUUAUUUUUGUGAUAUGGUAUUUGGAUGUUAACUUAUGCUGAAAUGAAUGCCUCUUAAUUAUUUGUAGUGUCAUAACUGUCAGUCUGUCUCAGGUAACAAUGUCUCACUGUCACGAUCAUCAUAUGGAAUGGACCAAGGUGCAGCGUGGUGAGCGUACAUUUUUAUUUAAUUUGCAAAUGUCGCCAACAAAACAAUAAUACAACAAAAAACGUCCGUGAAGCUCCUGCACAAACAAAGACAAAGACCCACAACGACCAAAAGCAAAAAAGGCUGCCUAAGUAUGAUUCCAAAUCAGAGACAACGAUAGACAGCUGUCCCUGAUUGGGAACCAUACCCGGCCAAAACCUAGAAACAAACAACGUAGAAUGCCCACCCCAAAUCACACCCUGACCUAACCAAAUAGAGAAGGACAGGGCGUGACACUCACUGCUGAUGUUCAUCAUGUUUCUGUUUAUCAAGUGAUAUCUAUGGGUGUUAAACAGUGGAAUCUACUGGCCCUUUAUCUAAUGGGUGUUAAACAGUGGAAUCUACUGGCCCUUUAUCUAAUGGGUGUUAAACAGUGGAAUCUACUGGCCCUUUAUCUAAUGGGUGUUAAACAGUGGAAUCUACUGGCCCCUUAUCUAAUGGGUGUUAAACAGUGGAAUCUACUGGCCCUUUAUCUAAUGGGUGUUAAACAGUGGAAUCUACUGGCCCUUUAUCUAAUGGGUGUUAAACAGUGGAAUCUACUGGCCCUUUAUCUAAUGGGUGUUAAACAGUGGAAUCUACUGGCCCUUUAUCUAAUGGGUGUUAAACAGUGGAAUCUACUGGCCCUUUAUCUAAUGGGUGUUAAACAGUGGAAUCUACUGGCCCUUUAUCUAAUGGGUGUUAAACAGUGGAAUCUACUGGCCCUUUAUCUAAUGGGUGUUAAACAGUGGAAUCUACUGGCCCUUUAUCUAAUGGGUGUUAAACAGUGGAAUCUACUGGCCCUUUAUCUAAUGGGUGUUAAACAGUGGAAUCUACUGGCCCUUUAUCUAAUGGGUGUUAAACAGUGGAAUCUACUGGCCCCUUAUCAUCCUGUCUUUGUAGAUGACCUAUCUGCAGCUUGACAUUAGAAAUCUAGGAAUCUGA